CCUAAAAUCAUCCAGUUUUCUUCUUAAAAAUCCGAUCUUUUCUCAAUGGAAAUAGGACCCAUCAUGUUCAAUCUGUUCCUACGCUAUGACACCAUGCUAUCUCUUUGAUUCUCUCCGUUUGCCUCUUUCGUUCUCUUAAAAAUCCCUUCUUUUGCAGCCCAUGAUCAUGUUCAAUGCGUUCUUGUGAUAUGCUAUCUAUUCGGAACAGCUAAGUUUGGCUCCUUUUCUUUCCUACUUCUCUUAGUUCUGGGUAGAGUUAUUAGGAGUGUCGCAAUGGAGGGUUUGAAGUUCUCUGGUAGUGGGUUCAGUGGUUCUGUGUCUGCGAGAAUCGAGCGCGCUUCGCCGUGGGGUGUCCAUGGCCCGGUGCUUGACGAGCGCGGCUCUUCCCGAUACCUUCUUUUUCAUUCCUUUAUACAUAAAGCCUCUUCUGUUCUUCUUAUUAACCACCAAACUUUACGACACUGAAAGGAAACUGAUAACAAGUGAGUUUAUAGGAGUGAAAAAGAGAGGGGGGGAGGGGUUCAUUUAUUUAUAUAGAAAGCAUAGGAUAUCAUAAGAAUACAAAGAAGAAGAAGAAGAAGAAGAAGAAGGGUAGGAUUUGUAUAGAGGAGGGGGGAAAAAAUCAAAGGGGGUGAAGUGGAAGAGUGUAGAGGAUGUUGGCUGGUUGGCACCAGUACUUGAGGAGUGAGGCUUCAUUGCAGUUGCAGGUGUGCCAGUUCCAGCUCCAGGAGAAGAUGGGUACGCAGCGCCUCGACCUCCCCUGCGGCUUCGCCAAGCGAGAGAACCACCCCCGGGUAAGCCUCUCUCUCGAGAAGCCGAUCGAUCCCAGAAGCACUUCUUGCUCCUUCCGGCAGAACCCGCUAGCGGCCCCCUCGUCGUCGUCCUUAGUAGCCAAGAUAGAGCCCACUGAUCAAGGAGCCCUUUGGGAGGAGAGUAGCAGGAGAUUGAAGAGGUUUCAUGAGAGGGACUGCUUCGAGGAGUCGAUACUUGCUCGAGCCAAGAGAACUAGGACAGGAGAAGCCGGUCAAUUAGUUGGCGGCGGCGGCGGUAGUGGUGGUGGGGAUGAGGAUAUAUGGUUCCCUGAAUCCAUUGAAAGGACUCCUUUUGUAGAAGAAGAGAAGGUCUUUCUUGUGCCUAGUGCCGCCUCUUUUCCGGUCGACAACACCUCAUUGGUGGGAUCUUUCGAAAGCGAGAAGGACUUCGAAUGGCCCAAUACCAAGUCGCAGUCCGAUUCGAGCUCCUCGUCUGGUACCGGUGGUCUCUCGCCGAAGCCCGAGAUCGAGACGGAGAAUAGGAAUGACGUCGUAGCGUAUACGGUAGGAGGAGCAGGAGUAGAUGAGAGCACCCGGAUAGAGAGCGAAGGGCUCGGGCUCUUGAACUUGCUUACAUCUUGUGUAGAAGCCAUUGGCGCCGGAAACCACGAAGCCGUGAACUAUCUUUUAGCUAGACUAGGAGAGCAAGCCUCGCCGAAAGGAACCCCAAUUCACAGAGUAGUUGCUUACUUCACAGAAGCAGUAGCCCUUCGAGUCGCAAAGCUGUGGCCUCACAUCUUUAGUAUCACCUCACCAAGAGAGCUCACUGAUCAUUUAGAAGACGAAGAAAAUGAUGCCAUUGCAUUAAGGCUCCUCAACCAUGUCAGCCCGAUACCGAAGUUUCUCCACUUCACCUGCAAUGAGAGAUUGCUUAGAGCUUUCGAAGGAAAAGAGCGCGUCCACAUCGUAGAUUUCGACAUCAAGCAAGGACUUCAGUGGCCGAGCCUGUUCCAAAGCUUAGCUUCUAGGCCGCAGCCGCCGGCCCAUGUGAGGAUCACGGGCGUCGGAGAGUGCAGGCAGGAGCUGCUCAACACGGGAGUCAGGCUUUCGAGGUUCGCGGAAGCCCUAAACCUUCCCUUCGAGUUCCACGCCGUUACCGACAGGUUAGAAGACGUCAGGCUCUGGAUGCUGCACGUGAAGCGGGACGAGUGUGUCGCCGUGAACUGCGUGCUUGUUAUGCACAAGCUGCUCUACGACGAGACGGGGUCGGCGUUGAUGGACUUUCUAGGACUGAUUAGGAGUGUAAAGCCGGAGGUCGUGCUUACGGCCGAGCAAGAAGCCGAUCACAAUGACGAAAGAUGGGAGCUGAGGCUAGGGAAGUCCGUUCAGUAUUACUCCGCGGUCUUCGAUUCCUUGGAUCUGUGUUUAGCCAGCGACAGUCCCGCCGCGAGGGCCAAGAUCGAGCAGAUGUUCGCGAGGGAGAUAAGGAACUUGGUGGCGUGCGAAGGGGACGAGCGGUUCGAGAGGCACGAGAGGUUCAGCAAGUGGAUAAAGAAGAUGGAGGAUGGUGGAUACAGAAGUGCAGGCAUUGGGGAGAGGGAGAUUGUUCAAAGCCAACUAAUACUGAGGAUGUAUGCAUCUGACAAGUACAGUGUAGAGAAGAGAGGGGAAGGAGUUAGUGAAGGGCUUAGUCUGAGGUGGGUAGAUCAGCCUCUAUACACAGUUUCUGCAUGGGCACUCAGUGAGGUUGGAGGAAGCUCCUCUACAUCUCUGCCAUGCUAAGUUAGAUCAGUUUAAACUCUGUUCUCCAUACACACUUAUCACACAUUCUUUUAUACUUUUAAAAGAAGAAAGAUUUUUAGCAUUCUUUUUUCGGAAUACUUAUUUUAGAGGAUUAGGUGAAUACUGU